AUGCCAUUUUUCUCCAGUCGCAAGCCCGAAGAGGAGGUCGUCGAGCCUACCCCGGUCUACCAUGAGGAGCCAAAACGCUCUCAUGGCCUUUUCGGCAGCAGACGAGAGCGCUCGCCGUCGCCCUCGUCCACAGUCCGGACCUCCACAACAUCCCAUUCGCACCAAUCUGGUACCUCAUACCAUACCUCGCCAAGCACCCAUGGUGGCGGCGGCGGCGUCUUCCGCAGAUCGACUGACGCGAGCUCAGGCCGGAGAUCCCUGUUGUCCCGAUCGUUCGGACACGGCAACAACGUUGAGAUGGACCCGUCGAUCGUGCAGGCCCGAGAGCGGGUGUUGAGCGCCGAGACUGCGGAGCGCGAGGCUGACCGCGCAAUGGAGGCUGCUCGACUCCGUGUAAGGGAAGCUAGGGAAGAGGUUAAGAGACUUGAGCUUGAGGCCGCUGAGGAGGCCAAGCGUGCCAAGAUCAAGCAGUACCAUGCUCGCGAGGUCUCGAAGCGUGGCAAGCAACUUGGUCGUCACGAUCUGUAA